UAUGUAUAAUACUGAGUUUUGGGUAAAAUAUGUGUUCAGAGUAUUACAUAUUGGUAGUGUUACAGCUUUAGGCGGUCGUAUAAUAUAUGAUUAUUUAUGGCCUGAUCAAGCAGAGAUAACAAAAGCUUAAAUAUUAUUUGCAGGAAUUUCAGGAUUCCUAAUGAUUUUAGCAGGAAUUGUUAACAUAUUUUUAUUAAAAGGAAAAGAAAAGUUAAAAUCUAAAAAUAAGUUUUGGGCUGGUACUUUACAUUUGAAAGCAAUCACAAGUAAUAAUAUUAUUAAUAAUAAUAGCCAUAAUUAUACUAACACCAUUGGCAAAAUAUAUAUCAAGAGAUCCAUAAAUAGUGAAAGCAAUAUAAUUUUAUUAUGUAGUUGCUAUGUUGUUGUUGAGUCCUUUUUUAAGAUUCUAUCGUGAAUGGUGGACUGAAUUAAAUAGAUAAAAUAAAUUAAGUUGAA